CUUUUUUCACAGACUAUUGUAAGCAUUCAGAGAGGCAAAUAGUGAAGUGCAGAGGAGAGCAACAGGCAGUUGUCUCCAGUGAGAGCCUGAGAGCAAUGCUCAGUCCACUGACAACAACUCAACAUCUGGACAGUAAGGAAGAGGGAGGUUUCUCAUUCUUCACCCUACCCUGGGGCAUCAGAAAUCAUCUGCCUUCCUCACAGCUAUGCCUGCACCACAUACUGAGCCAAGGACAAAGUUUAUUCCCUGCAUGUAGUCUGAUUUGCUCAUGGACACUAUAAGUCCUCUAUGCCUUACCAUCUUUAACCUGCUGGAUCAAAGGAUUCAAUUCGGAGUUUCAUUGUCCACUCUUUUCUGAAGUUUCUUGAAGGUCUUGGAAGUUGUUUUCCAUUUCCAUGCAAGUCUUGUCAAUAUGCUGCCUGUUGUUUUCAUGACAUGGUGGGUCGUUGUGUUGCUUGGAACCGUAGGGGGACAGUCUCAAUCUCAGCAUCAGACUGAGGACUCAAACCCCUGGAGACAGAUGAUUCGAUGGGAGAAUAAUGGACGUGUGUACAGUCUUCUCAACAGUGGGGCUGAAUACGUGCCGGCUCGGGCUCAGGAGCGUGACAGGAACCAUCGAGUGCUACUAGCGGAUGCUCCCAACCGUAGAUCACAGGGUGGGAAUGUACGGAGACAAGCACCUUCAAGAGGAACCUCGGAGACUGUGAGAGGUCAAGCCAGACACCCGUUUGGAUUCGGCCAAGUGCCCGACAACUGGCGUCAGGGUGCAACUGGGACAGGUGAAACAAGUCGCUUCCAGUCAUCUACCGGCUCUCGUUUUAGACCAUCCUCAGGCUCAUCCUCCUCCUCCUCAUCAUCAUCAUCCUCUUCUUUUUAUCCACAGUAUCCGUUCCCUCAACAGCCACCUUAUGCUGCUCCUCAUGACUCGGUUUCGGACAGAUCAUAUGAACCUCCCUUCCGUGGAACGGGAUACUCUUCGGGCACUAGUGGCGGAUACGGAGGGGGUGGUUACUCUGCCGGCAGUUUUGGAGGAGGUAGCUAUAAUGGAGGGGGUCCUACAACCGAUGAGAGGUAUCGUUACUAUUCCCCUUACGGUCAAACCUACCCUGCUGCCCCUGUUGCUCCUGCCCAACCCGCGCAGCCACAAAUCUCUGAUGGGUUGGACCACAGAUACACGCACAGCCUGUUCAACGAGGACUCUCGAGAUAGCGGUAAUCCUGCAGUACCUGCCUCUAAUGGUGCUUCGAGCAACACAGGCUCAUCGUUCCAGCCUGCAGUGCAAAGCCCCCAAUAUGAACAAUUUCCACCCUUUGGAAGGCCACAGCCUCCGUUUAUACAACCAGCUCCUCGCAACCCUCUCGUCUCUAACAAUGCAGAGAACCCCAACAUGAAUGCAGGGAGUGUUUAUCGUCCUCAGCAAAGAGGUUUGCCUGACCUGGUUCCUGACCCCAACUACGUCCAAGCCUCCACGUACGUUCAGAGAGCCCAUAUGUACUCCUUACGCUGUGCGGCGGAGGAGAAGUGUCUGGCCAGCUCUGCUUACAGUGCUGACGCCACAGACUAUAGCGUCAGGGUUCUUCUGCGCUUCCCUCAGAGAGUGAAGAACCAAGGGACGGCUGAUUUCAUGCCCAACAGACCUCGCCACACCUGGGAGUGGCACAGCUGUCACCAGCAUUACCACAGUAUGGAUGAGUUCAGUCACUACGACCUGUUGGAGGUGAGCUCUGGCCGGAAGGUGGCCGAGGGACACAAGGCCAGUUUCUGUCUGGAGGACACGACCUGUGACUUCGGUCAUCUGAAACGUUUCGCUUGUACUUCACACACACAGGGUUUGAGUCCAGGCUGCUACGACACAUACAAUGCAGAUAUUGAUUGCCAAUGGAUUGACAUCACUGAUGUUCAGCCAGGAAACUAUAUACUCAAGCUCCAGGUUAACCCAAAAUACUUGGUGCUUGAGUCGGACUUCACCAACAAUGUUGUCCGGUGCAAUAUCCAAUACACGGGCCGCUUUGUCAAAACAACAAACUGCAAAAUCUCCCAGUCAUGAUCUGUCAGAUCUGCAGGAAUCUCCAUGAAAGCGCUGAUCCAUUGCAAUGUGAAUGGUGUCGCUGUGAUUGUUUAUUGUAUUUGUCUUGGCUCUCGUGAACCUGGAUUCAGCUCACGGCGAGAGGAACGAGCACACACACACACACACACACACACA